UAAAUACAAAUUGUUGAUACGAGUAGUCUAGUCCUGAAUUACUUUAAGCUUCCUAGAAACUUGGCCAAUUGGACUAUUAGUGAUCCCCUUAAAGGGCAGAAAGCAUUCGUGAUUAACAUAACAGAGAAAAGUAGAAGUUGAAUCUGAAGUGUUCACAGUUCAUCCAAAACUCAAUAGUACAAUUUUUCUUCUGUAUAUAGUGAUGUCCUUGAUUUGUUUAACAAAUCAUAUUUCCUCUUUCAAUGGCUAUUCGCUUUUCUUAUUUUCUUGUAAUAUUACUUCUUUUUUUCAUUCCAUUACACAAUUUAGCUCAAAAUAAUGGUAGAAUACCUAAUAAUAGUUCUAUUACUGCAACAGAUGGAAGUACUCCAUGGUUUUCACCAUCUGGUGAUUUUGCAUUUGGGUUCCAAAAUCUUCAAGAUAAUAAAGAUCAGUUCUUGCUUUGUUUAUGGUAUGAAAAAAUACAAGAAAAAACUAUAGUCUGGCAUGCAAAUAUGAGUGAUCCAGUGCCACAAGGAUCAAGAUUCAAUCUUGAUCCUCAAAGGGGUCUAAUGCUUAGUGAUCCUCAAGGGACUAACCUUUGGAAAACUAAUUUGGUUGGUGGUAAUAUUGACUAUGCACUCAUGAAUGAUACUGGGAAUUUUGUUAUCAUGGGAAGUGGUUCUACUGAUCCAUUGUGGGAAAGUUUUAGAAAUCCAACUGAUACUAUGUUGCCAACUCAAACAUUGAAAAGAGGAAGCUUCCUUGUUUCUCAAAAGUCAGAAGCUAAUUUCACUCAAGGAAGGUUUUAUCUUCGCAUGUCUGAUAGGGGGAAUUUGUUGCUUGUUACACAAAGGGUGCCUUCCAAUUCAAAUUAUGAUUAUGUGUACUAUAACAGUCAAACUUCUGACACAACAAAUGCAACCAAUUCUGGGAAUAAGUUGGUUUUUGACGAGAAUGGCCUGAUGUACGUAUUGAAGGGGAACAAUCAAAGGAAAAUUCUUAAUUCUUCAUCCGUUCCUUCAGCUUCGGACAAUUACCAUCGGGUGACUCUUAACUUUGAUGGUGUUCUUACUCAUUAUUAUCAUUCAAGGGAUUCAAAUAGCAGUGGCUGGAAUGUUUUGUGGUCUCAACCGGAUAAUAUAUGCAUCAACAUUUUGGGAAACUACGGACCUGGUGCUUGUGGUUACAACAAUAUAUGCGAUCUUGGCAAAAACAACAGACCAGUUUGUAACUGUCCAAAAGGAUAUUCACUGGUUGAUCCAAACGAUGCUUAUGGCAACUGCAAACAGGAUUUUUCUGUAAGUUGUGAUGAAGUUGGGAGGGGUUCGCCUGAAGAUUCGUAUAGCUUUUUUACGGUCCGUGAUGUUGAUUGGCCAUUAUCUGACAUUGGGGAAAUUAUCCCUUCAACUGAACAAAACUGCCAAAGUGCAUGUUUGAAUGAAUGUCUUUGUGCUGUUGCCAUUUAUAGAAACAAUAACUGCUGGCAAAAGAAGGUGCCGCUGUCGAACGGGAGAAUAGACUACAGUUUGAAUGUGACAGCUUUUAUCAAAACAAGGAAAGAUGUUGUUCCUCCUCUAAUCCCUAGCCUUCCAAAUCCAGGACAUCGUCAAACCAAAAACUGUCCUCCAAGUCACUGCCUUCCAAUUCUGGGAUCUCAUCAAAAGCAGAGUUGGCAAAUUUGGGCAAUUUUGGCGCCCUCGCUCUUAGGUAGCUCGGUCUUGGUAAACAUUUUGCUCAUUUACAAAAAGAGAGUGAACUCUUUUCGCCCUACAAGUCACGUGACGGACUCUGUUUGUCAUAGUUUUACAUAUAAAGAACUUGUAGAAGUCACAAAAGACUUCAAGGAAGAGCUAGGCCGGGGUGCAUGCGGAAUUGUUUACAAAGGGGUAAUGCCUAUCGGUUCAAGAAACGUAGUCACUAUAAAGAAGCUAGACAGAGUUGCUCAUGAGGCGGAGAAAGAAUUCAUGACUGAAGUAAAUGUGAUCAGUCAGACUCAUCACAAGAAUUUGGUCCAUCUGAUCGGAUAUUGUAAUGAGGGACCUCAUCGUUUGUUGGUGUAUGAGUAUAUGAGUAAUGGCACUCUUGCAAGUUUCAUUUUUGGUGAUCCAAAGCCUACUUGGAGCCAGAGGACAAAUAUCGCGACGGGGAUUGCAAGGGGACUUGAGUACCUCCACGAAGAGUGCAGCACGCAGAUUAUCCAUUGUGACAUAAAGCCUCAAAACAUUCUCCUUGAUGAUUAUUACGUUGCUCGAAUAUCAGAUUUCGGAUUGUCUAAACUGCUGAUGAUCAACCAGAGUCGAACACUUACUAAUCUUAGAGGAACGAGAGGUUAUGUUGCGCCGGAACGGUUUAGGAAUAGUCAGGUCACGGUUAAGGUGGACGUUUACAGCUUUGGUGUAUUGCUACUGGAGAUCAUCACUUGUCGGAAAAAUUAUGAGAAUGAGGAAAGCUACGGACCAGAGGCGAUUCUUAGGGAUUGGGUUUUGGAUUGCUUUCAAGAAGGAAAAUUGGAAUCUCUGGUGGAAAGUGAUAUCGAGGCAUUGAAUGACAAGAAGCAGUUCGAGAGGUUCGUGAUGGUUGGUAUUUGGUGCGUCCACCAUGUCCACAUAAUUUUAGCAUUACUAUUUAAUAUCAUAAGCCUCAUCUAUAUGGUGUUGUUGUAAGUCUCAUCUAUGUGCAAUUUUCUCCUCUGUAUGUCUUUUUUAUGUUCUACUGCUCUAGUUAUAUUACUUG